UCACAAAUGGUUCGUUGGAGUACACGUUUUGCUGAUUCAGACCUCUCUUUGUGUGGUUGUGGUUUUCUGUGUAUUUAUCAUGCUGGUGUUUGUGCUGCCUUAAAAGAAUAUGCCCCUCAGCUAACUCAAAAUCGAAUUUAUGGUGCUUCAGCUGGUUCAAUUGCAGCGGCUGGUUUGAUUUGCAAUGUUUCCAUUUCCGAUGCUACUUGUGCAAUUAUGAGAGUUGCACGCUCACGUGUAUUGCAAUCAUUUGAUCCAGCAUUUGAUCUACUUGGAAUUGUUAGGGAAGUCUUAAACAAACUUCUUCCGGCAAAUUCUCAUGUAUUGUGUACUGACCGUCUUUUUAUAUCUCUAACGCGUUGUAUUGAUGGAAGAAAUGUUCUUGUUUCAAAAUUUGAAUCUAAAGCUGAUUUAAUUCAAGCAAUUAUUUGCAGCUGUUAUAUUCCAAUAUUUUGUGGACUUGUAGAGCCCGAAUUUCACGGAGUUAAAUAUAGAGAUGGAGGUUUUUCAGAUAAUCAACCGGUCCAUGAUAGAAAUACAAUUACUAUUUCUCCUUUUUCUGGCGAGGCUGAUAUUUGCCCACUUGAUCAUGCAAGUGCCAGUAUUCUUGGUUUUGUUUAUUAUGGAUCUUCAAUUCGUUUUACGAAUGAGAAUUUUUAUCGCUUUUGUUCGUGUUUUUUUCCACCUUCUCAAGAAAUUUGUUCAAAGAUUUGCCGUCAAGGAUUUACAGAUGCAUUGCGUUUUAUAACUAAAAAUUGUAUUUUGAUUUUUUAUUUAAAUUUAUUUUUUAAUUUAAUAGCAAUAACUCCAUGUUAUCGUUGUCUUGGACAUGGAUUGCAUGAUUUUAAGCAGAAAUUUCCGAGAAUAAUUUGUCGUAGGGCAUCUUCAACUGCUAAUAAUCCAAAUGCAUUAAUGAGACGAAGAAAAAAAUUAGAUUCUGAAUGUGAAAUUUGUUAUGCUUGGUUAGAUCGACGUUUAAGUAUAGAAUUAACAUCUGCUUUAAUUCCAGAAGUUUUACAUAAAUCAUUGCAAGGGGAAAGAGCUGUUGUUCCUAAUAAUUCUUCUUCUAGUUUAUUUGAUUUUGUUGGUUCUUUUCGUUUAAUUCGAUUUUGGCUUGAUAUUUUGGGUCGAUUUGUUUAUUAUGCUGAUCUUGCAAUUAAUAUAUUUUUUAUGUUAAAACAAUGGUUUUUAAAUGCACCAAAAUUUGGUCUAUUUAUUUUACAACAACUUUGCCGUUUUGCUGAUGCUUUACUUUUAGGAGUUGAGGAAAGUAAUCUUGCAAAUUCAUCAAGACAAUCAGUAAACUGGACAUUUACAAAAAAUCAAAAUAUUUCUAGAAAAAUUAAACGAGAGGUAAAAAAGUUAAAUUAA